CAGCCAAUCAAAUGAGCUCGUUCUGUCUCGUGUGCUUCACGUGACCAUUCCAACAUGGCUCUCUGCUCCACUCGUUCUGAAGCUGCACAAUAGCAACAUGUCAAUAUUUCAUUAUAUGGACUCUAUUUCAUUUUUUAAGAUAGAUUAAAUAAGUUGAGAUAAACACUCAAAGAUGAAGCUCCGAGUACAACUGCAGUGCAAGAACCUUCAUGAAUACCUGAAGGAACUGAGUCCAGACAUCCUCGACAGACUGUACAACCAUCCAGCCACGUGUCUCGCCGUUUACAGAGAGCUCCCAUCUCUGGCAAAGAAUUAUGUGAUGCGAAUGCUGUUCCUGGAGCACGCUCUCCCGCAGGCAGCCGUGGCAUUGUGGGUCAAAAAAGACAGCCAAAAGGAUCAUGACCAGUGUGUGUCCGUGCUGACUGGACUGAGACUGUGGCACAGCCAGCAGCUGCAGGGAGGCCUUCAGGGCAUCGUGCUCAACCCUGUGUUUAAGGAUAACCUGAGGAUUGCAGUGCUCGGAGGUGGUAAGCCAUGGGCAGACGAGGGCAGCAGUCUCGGCCCUGAUCGGCACGCGCGGGACGUAGAGAGCCUGGACCGCUAUGCCAUGGAGCGCUGGGAGGUCAUCCUGCACUUCAUGGUGGGCUCCCCGAGCGCCGCGGUCAGCCAGGACCUCGCUCAGCUCCUCAUCCAGGCCGGCCUCAUGAAGAGUGAGGCUGGUGAAGCGCCGUGCAUCACUUCAGCUGGGUUUCAGUUUCUGCUACUCGACACCGCCUCUCAGCUGUGGUACUUCACCCUGCAGUACCUCAAAACAGUGCAGUCUAGAGGGAUGGACCUCGUGGAGAUUCUUUCCUUCCUGUUCCAGCUGAGUUUCUCCACCCUCGGCAGGGACUAUUCUGUUGAGGGCAUGAGUGAGUCUCUACUGACGUUUCUGCAGCACUUACGAGAGUUCGGCCUGGUUUUCCAGAGAAAGAGGAAGUCGAGGAGGUACUACCCCACUAGACUGGCCAUAACUCUGGCUGCAGGAGUCACUGCCAACCCUUCAUCCUCCUCCUCUUCUGCUGCUUUGACUGCUUCACCAGGAACAGGAGACUCUGGUUUCAUUGUGGUAGAAACCAACUAUCGUGUGUACGCUUACACAAACUCUGAGCUGCAGAUCGCUCUGGUUGCUCUCUUCAGCGAGAUGCUGUAUCGGUUUCCUAACGUGGUUGUGGCACAGAUCACCAGAGAGUCUGUACAGCAGGCUAUUGCUAACGGCAUCACAGCACAGCAGAUCAUCCACUUCAUGAGGACCAGGGCACAUCCUGUUAUGCUCAAACAGACUCCGGUACUUCCUCCAACCAUCACAGAUCAGAUCAGAUUGUGGGAACUUGAAAGAGAUCGGCUGCAGUUUACAGAAGGCGUAUUGUACAACCAGUUCUUGUCACAGGCUGAUUUUGAGGUUCUGCGGGAUAGAGCUCAGGGAUUGGGAGUGCUAGUGUGGCAGAACCCACAGCACAGGGUCAUGGUGGUGACGCCACAUGGACACAGCGAGGUUAAGAGGUUCUGGAAGAGACAGAAGAGUCACACGUAGGACGAACAGACGCCACAGGGGUGAGACGGUGCCAUCAUGGCAAGGGAGGCCUUAUCUGAACUAAAAUACUGCACAUACACUGUAUGCAUUUACACAUUUCCCUUUUCCUUAAGGAUACUGACAGAAAAUGUAUGGUUUGAACAGUUGGAGUGAAAGAAUAAGAUUUUUCACUUGAAUAAAAAGUUGUUGGUUCAUUUAUUGAUUCUCUUGCCAUUACUGCUUCUCUUGUGCAUUUAUGUAAGAAGAUUGUACAGAAAAUUUGUGAGUAAUGAUGUGAGUAAAUGCAACAAGCAAAUACUUCUCUUAGAAACAAUGAUUUCGUGGUCAGUGGUGGCUCAGUUGUUAAGGCUCUGGGUUUCUGAACAGAAGGUAGGGGGUUCAAGCCCAAGCACCAUCAAGCUGCCACUGUUGGGCCCUCGAGGCCCUCAAGGCCCUUAAGCCUCUCUCUUCCUGGAGUGCUCUAUCAUGGCUGACCCUGUGCUCUGACCCCAACUUCCUAACAGGCUGGGAUAUGUGAAGAAAAGAAUUUUGCUUUACUGUAAUGUAUAUGUGACAAAUAAAGGCUUACUUCUUCAAUGA